GAGGUACUUUCCUUGCUAACAAGUUUGAGCAACCAUGAUGCGUGGGUAACAAGAGAAGUUGCUGACAGGUAGCUACAAAUUAUUUGCCUUUACUAAUGAAUGAACUUAAAAAUAGAUUGUUACAGAACUUUAAUUACGCAGGCCGUAAUGGUGUAAUGCCAUGUUUUGUAUUUUUUUUCGGUGUGAAGCAUUUUGGAAAAGAAAUAAUUGAAGUGUAAGACAAGUAUUACACAGGGCCUCUGAUGUCAUUCGAUAGUACUGUUUUGUAUAAUUGAUCUCAAAUUGCAGCCAAUCACAUAAUUCAUAAAAGGUUUCAAUGCUGAUUUAAGGUUAUUUUGUUUCGGAAACAUCAUGCAGAGCUCUUCAAAUUUCUAAUUUUGGUGUGAAACGAAGAACUAUUAUUUUAGGCAAUAAUUGCUUAAAAUAAUAGUUAUUGUUUAUCAUAAAGUCUCAUCCCGACAGUAGACGCAUAAGGCCUCCACGCUGUCUGACCAACACUUUCUGUCUUGUACAACUGCUUUGGCUACUUCCCAGCUCUUCCACCCAGCUUUGUUUCACUUAAGCAAUUGUUUAUACUUGUUAGAAAUUGCACAAAUUAUUACUUAUCCCACAAUAGCACUUUUUUGUUGCAUUAUGUGACCUCCUAGCUAGAAAUACCUCAUAAUGUACUUGAAUGCUUGGGCACCCUGUCAGAAGACCUGAUUACAGCAUAAAGCAUGACAUUUUUCUCUGGUGACUUAAUUGCUGCUAUCAGACAACCUUAUUGGCCAUGCAGAGAUUAAAAUUUUGUUAUGGUUAAGAUUUUAAUCCCUAAUGAAGAGAGUGUGAAAAUAUUAUUUUCUGGGGAUUCUCUCAUUAAUGUUGACAUUACUUGUACAAAAUAGUAACAGAAUAGUUAUCAUCCUUGUACUGUGAACUCAGUUAAUCCUAAUUAUUUUGGGACAAAGUAUUUUUAUUAAGUUUCAGAUACAAUAGAACCCCCAGUAACUCUGAAGGGAAAUGAAAAACAGUGCAAGUUAGUGGGGGUUCGAGUUAAUGGGGUCGAUUGCAAAAUUCAAUUUGCCAUGUAUUAUUCAGCACUUCAGUGUAUAGUGCUGUGCAAAUUUAACUUACACUGUAUUUCAUCGGAAACAGUAACAUGAUUACGCAUUUUUUUAUGAGAAAAUGUGAUUUGUUUGUUGCAACAAUUAAAAUCAAAUUGAUGUAUACCACUGUAGGUGACCAGUGUUAGUCUUAGUGUUUUUACCCAUUAUGCAAAAAGAAGAGCUAAUGGGAUGGCAUCUGAGUAAAGUUACAAGAACCAGAAUCAAAUUCGAGUUAUCGGGGCACAUUUCAGUGAAUUUUUGAUCAAGGGAGGGGAAAUUUAGUUCGAGUUAGGGGGGAAUUAGAGUUAUCCGAGUUCAAAUUAACAAAGUAAAUACAACUGAAAAAUGGGUUGAAAUCUAAGGGAAAUUGGACUUUGUUCGAGUUGGUGGAGAGUGCGAGUUAUCUGAGUUCGAGUUAUCAGGGUUCUGCUGUAUUAAUUUAGAAACAUUAUGCAAAUAACACAGCUCAGUAUUAGAGUUGCAUACUGUUUAAUUAUUCAUAUUGCUCAGAUUACACUGUAGGUUGUGACAUAACCUGCACAAAGAAAAUAUGUACACAUAGGUACUGAAAUUUUUAUUAUUUUUGUCUCUUGAUUUCUCUUAGGCCACAAAAUGGAUCUAUGUUUCUUUUUGACAGGAGCAAGGUUUGUAGGGCUUGCUUAUUAGGAUAAUUUGUUUACCAGCUGUCACAAAAAUUUGUUGGAAAUGUUGAUUUAUAAAAUGUGGGAAUAAAAUGUGACAAUGUUGAGCUUAGCAGACAGGAAAGAUGGGUUCAUCUUUCCCACUUGGUUUUCUGAUCAUGAGACAAGAUUCAUCCCCUCAAAUUUCCAGCCCUGAAUCCAGCCGUAGUAAAAAUAAGUAACGCAGUGUUGUUAUUAGCAUGCCAAUAGAGUAUAAAAUGGCGAGGCAUUACCCUAAUAUGCAAGGCUGUCACUAAAAAUUCAAGUUGCCAAGUAUUAUUCAGUUAUUAGCUGGGCAAUUGUACAGCAAAAAAGCUCAUUUUGUUCUAUUUUGAUUUUGUUCCCCUUGAAAAGAGGUGAGGGUCAUACAGUGUUGUACCUGUACUAUCCAGGGGAAAGGCUUAGAAGUACAUUGUAAUUGAGUCAUUCUUAAACAGACAAGGAAAGACUCCAGCUUUUUACCCAAAACAUGUUAGAAUGCUACACGUCUUACACUGUGUAGUGCUAGUAACCUUCGCGCGAGAGAAAAAAGAAAGAGAACCACUGUUCAAGCAGACUCUCAAGGUCACGUUUCACAUUAUCACGAGCUUAUGAGUCGUGUUUGGCCUGUCAACGCUUAUUUCUUACCGUGAUAUUUUUAGACAGUGCUCCGUCAUAACUCGUGGGAAGAAAUCUCACUCGGGCUACUGAUUUUGCCGGAGAAAGUUACGAGAAAAUAUCUCAAAUCUCCUGAGAAAGACACUUACACGCACUACGACAUGUCAGUGACCUGCCAUCACUGCAACCUAGUCAGAUACUAUCAUACCGGUUCAGCCCAAAAAGCAUUUUUGACCUUGAAGGAAACACAACAUAACGCUGAUCAAAGAAACACCUACGCUAUUGGUCACUUUUGCAGCCAAUGGCAAGUUAGUAUUUUCGAUCCUAGCCACCAGCAUUUAAACAGUCUGCUUCGCUCUCUGUACCUAAGACUUUACCAUAGUAGCAACUGACGAGGAACGCUAUAGUUCCGAAACUGCAGUCUUGCUUAAGAAUCCAUAGCAGUCGCACAGACGACUGUUAAGCAAAAACUUGAGAAAAUACCUACAAGACUCACUUAUGUUAAGAAAAACUAAAUGGACUGUGUGAGCGCUAAGAGAAUUAUCUUGACUGACGCACGGCAUAUUUCUCCAAACUUGGUGUAGCUUUAGUUUUUAAGCUACAGUGUACAACUCAUAUCUGAAGAUCGCACUAUCCGUGGAAAUUCAAAAUCGUGCAAACCACACUAUAGAGCUGGGGCCAGAGUCAUACUGACAUGGCAGGAAAUAAUCACAUUCACAGACAAAGAAACUUGCAUGCAUGCAUGUAGUUAUUCAGAUACAGCCAUUUCGGAGAAAACCAAAAAAACUAAAAUCUUUAUUCAGCCGUAAUAAACAGAGGUCAAAGGAUAUAAAACACUUAACAACUGCAUCUGAAAUCAAAUCCUGCCAGGGACACCUAGUACAGAAGCAUAAACCACAGGAAAUGAUUACUCAAUAUGCAUGUAACAAACCUGCUUCAUGACCUCUAAAUAUAAGACUUAGUGCGGCAAAAACAAGAUUUACUCAGUCAAAGUUUAGAAUGCUACGCGUCUUGCACUGUGUAGUGCUAGUAACCUUCGCGCGAGAGAAAAAAGAAAGAGAACCACUGUUCAAGCAAACUCUCAAGGUCACGUUUCACAUUAUCAUGAGCUUAUGAGUCGUGUUUGGCCUGUCAACGCUUAUUUCUUACAUCUUCCUUUGAUGCUCAUGUACAUGUAGUGGCUUGUUAUUGCUACUGAAACACAAAACAGCUUUCAUAAGGUCCUAAAUGGGGUUCUAACGAAGUGAAGACCAUUAAUUGAAGGGUCUUGUUAUUUAUCUGAGUGGUUUACAAUGUAUCUUGACUUAUAUGGGUAGCUCUGUCCCCUGAUCAUUCUCCAUGACCCCUAUGUUUGGCAGAAAAGGGGGUCCAGGGGCUCCCCAAGUAAAAUCUCUUCAUAUCAACACUAGUUAUGCGUUGUGUUUUGUGAAAUUUGGUUAUCUCUUGAAGGGUGGAGUGAUGGUUAAAGUUUUGAUGCCACAUUGUUGAUCUGUGACCAUUCUGUCUCAAUAUUUAGGUCAAACAUUAUCGCAAAGAUGGCUACACAUGGAAGAAAAGAAGAUCAGGAAACACAAUCCGAGAAGAUCACACUCGACUGAAAGUUGAAGGAAUUGAGGUAAUAGUUAAACUACUGCGUCAGAAACAUUGGAAGGUAGAAAAAAAUACCAUGAAGUGGAUACCAACUGCUAUAUGAAUAACAUGGAGCAAUUUAGGUUUCUGGGAAACUGCCCACCUACCCCUCCCAUAACCUAAAAUUAUCACUUACUUCCCACUUAGGGCAAAAUGAUGGCUUAGGGGAGGGGUACGUGGGCAGUUUCCCGAAGCCGAAAUUUAUCCAAUAAUAUCUGCUAAAAAAAAUAAACAACCAAAAAACUACUAAGGAAAAGGCAAACGUUUUCAACUUUACAGGGAAAGUAUUGGAUUUGCCUUUUGUAUCAUAUAUUAAAAAUUGUGCAGAACUAGGAGGUUGUCAUCAAUAAUGCUGCACAUUUGAAAAAAUGUUUGGUGUCGGUUUUACAUGUAGAGUGAAAGUUUUAGAGUUGGAGAGGAAAUUUUGCCAUGUUCUUUCAAUAUUAAGAGCUGAAUCUUCUGUUAGUCACAAGACAAAAUGGAAUAUGGUGGUGUUAAAGAUUAGAUUAUUGGAAUUUUGAGGAUUUGUUGGGAGCUAUUUCAGUCUGUGUUGUUUUCUCUUGUAGUGUUUGAGUGUACUAUACACACAUUCAGCUCUGGUGCCCACAUUUCAUCGCCGCUGCUAUUGGCUGCUUCAGGUAUUUCACUUGUUUAAAAUUUUUAAGCCCUAAUAUCCACAUACAAAUUCUCCUGAUCUAUUUUCAUGCAUUUCCUUAGAGAAUAAAUUGAGAGAGUUUAGUAAAACAUCAAAUCGUUUUUUUCCUGUGGUGAUGAUAUUAUUAAUUCUUCUAACCUUUUCUGUUCAUGAUGUAUGAAUAUUGUGAGGUGAAAAUUGAUGUUGGUCACUUUUGUCACUCAAAAAGGGUUAAAGUCACAACAGGAUGAGUGGGUCUUUUAUUUGUCCCUCUUACUUUUAAACCCGUGGAUGAAAUCCAAUGAUGUUACCAUUUAAAUGAAUUCUCUUUAGCAGUACUUUCACAUGGUACUAAAGAUUUUGUUAAGUAUGUAGUACUAACUUUUGAGUCUGUGGAUGAAAUCCUAUGGUGUGACCAUUCAAAUGAAACCUCUUCAGCAGUACUUUCACAUGGUACUGUUUAUUUAGUAUGUAGUUCUAACUUUUGAAUUUGUGGAUGAAAUCCUAUGGUGUUACCAUUCAAAUGAAACCUCUUCAGCAGUACUUUCACAUCGUACUAUUUUAUUUAGUAUGUAGUUCUAACUUUUGAGUCUGUGGAUGAAAUCCUAUGGUGUUGCCAUUCAAAUGAAACCUCUUCAACAGUACUUUCACAUGGUACUAUUUUAUUUAGUAUGUAGUUCUAACUUUUGAGUCUGUGGAUGAAAUCCUAUGGUGUUGCCAUUCAAAUGAAUCCUGUUGAGGUGAACUUUUACAUGGUGCUAUUUAAUUUUAAGGAUUUUACAAUUUUAGAAAUUUGGAAUUUUUGGUUUAGGGUUAUUAAUAAUGUCGAAAAUUGUGUAUGUGUUGUAGAAUCCUCAGAUUGUGUUGGUGCAUUACCUGAACCUAGUUGAAGAAUGCAGCAAGCCCAUUACAGUGUCAGUAUACAUGUCACCAGAUAGCCAUGAUGAUAUUUCACAGCAGCUGAAAGCCAUCUGUAAGUAUGUGCUCUGAAUAUGCAUCAGUCAAUUCAUAGACUAUUGUGGUUGUGGUACCUGUGACCGAUUGUUGGAUUUUAAAGUGCAUGUAACAGAUGGGAGUUGGGUUAGCUCCUUUGUUUGUAUGGAAUGUAGUAGGGGAAGGGUUCAUCCUUUUUUUCAUUUGUACCCUCGAGCUUUUAAAAGAAAAUAGUGUGACUGCGAACAGACUCUGUCUUCUUUCUUUCGUAUUUGCGGGCGACAAGAGAAGCCCGGAAUCCUAAUGUCCAGGUUUUUGUUACGCAUGCGUGGCAUGUAUGUAGUCAGCAUUCGUUUGGACUUCCACUAAGAACGAAUGUAAUGCACAGGACGCACUUUGAUCACGCGCGUUUGGAAAUUCUUUCACUCGUUAUCUGAUCACGCGUACGCAAAGCACAGCGCUGGAGAAAAAGCGUUUUGACCCUCGAUCGUUGUCGCCCGCACUCCGUAACCUUUUGUUAUUACUAGUUUAAUUGUAAUUAUUUGUCUCCUUGUAAAACAUUAAGACAGCACUGUUUUCAUGUACAGGUUUUAUCGACUUCUCCUGCUGUUGCAUUUGAAAUCUGAAAAGGUUUCUUUAUGAGUUGCUUCAUUACUCGAAUCAGUCAUAAAAUUUUGAUAAAAACUUUCAUGGCCAUUUUAGUUCGGUAAUUACCCUAGAGAUUGAAUGCUGUUCUAGCCACUCCAAUAACGGCUGCUAUUAAACUGAAAAUUUAAGGAUGAUUAUCUAGCCAGCUCGGAAAAAAGUGAGUAAAAUUUGUUUAUUUCCUUAGAUUCGGGUGUUUCUCAGGAUGUCAAGCCUGAAGUCACGGUAAGUAUUUCCAAUCCCAGAACCAGCCAAUAUGGCUGUUAUCAAACAGUAAUAUAUCCGGUUUGUUGGCCAAUGUGUAGUUCCUAAAAAUAUCCAUACCCCCCUGACGGAGGGCACUUUUGCUUUAGUCCCCACACCCCCUUGAGAUUUCCAUUCCAUGGGGUGCUAGUCGUACCCCCUACCUCCUGGAAUUUUCGUGAUUUUCCAUCUUGGUUGGAAACCUCGUGGAAAAAGCAAGCAAAGCGUCGAGAAAAUUAAAAUACCUUAUUUGAACUAAAUUUCGCGGGUCUUUAAUUUCGCAAUUUUUUUACAAUUAAAUUAUUGCGAAAAGUGCGAAAUUAAAGACCCGCGAAAUUUAGUACCAUUGAGGUGUAAAAUUCAGAAAGUAAGCCCCGGGGCUUAUAUUUUUCAAAGGCCCUUUUGGAGGGGCUUAUCUACGGAGGGAAAUUUGCGUCUCAAAAUCGAUUGGGCUAGCAAGCCAACAACGAAAGUCAUGCCGUAAAUAUGAUAUCGGAGUUUUCAACGUGUAUGAAACUGCCUGCACUCAACCCCUCCAAAGUACACGAGCCAGACGGUAUCCCGGCAUGGUUAUUAAAAGAAAACGCUGAUCUCUUGGCGGGUCCAGUCUCUGCGAUCCUCAACUCCCCGUUCCACGAAUCCCUGGAAUACGCAAGUCCUGUAUUCCAUCGUUCUCUAUCAAACUACAUCAGUGAAGAUUUGGAACGGAUCCAAAGAAGGGCUUUCAGAAUCAUCUAUCCUGACCUGUCAUAUAGUGUAGCACUAGAAACAUUUGGCCUACCGAAACUUCAUGAGAAGAGAGAAAAGAUUUCAAUCGAUCUGUUUGACGAGAUCGUCUGUAACCCCACCCACAGUCUCCAUAGCCUCCUCCCCCAAAGGAAGAGUUGUAAAUAUGCUCUGAGACGCAAAAGUGAUUUCACUCUCCCCCUAUGUAAAACCGAGCGUUUGAAGAAAAGGGUUUUUUUUAGCCAUGUCUAUAAGAUGUAGAUAAUUUUUCUUAUUUUCUCUUUGUUAUCAUCAGUAUUUGUAAAUAUCCCGUAAUUCAGCCUAUGGCUGCAAUGGUGUUUAUAAUAAAGUAUCUUUCUAUGUAUCUAGCCCUAUAGUUGGAAGUAAAUUUACCGUUUUUGCUUUGUUUUACUUUGUAUUUGAGGGCAAUUUUCCAAGUAAAAGCCCCCGGGGGGCUUAUAUUUGGAGGGGCGAUUUAACGGAGGGUUUUUUGCGUUACCGGUUUGGGGGGCUUAUACAUGGAGGGGCUUAUUUUCGGAAUUUUACGGGGGUAUUUAAUUUUCUUUACAAUUGCGAAAAGCGUUAAAUUAAAGACCCGCAAAAUUAAGUACCAAUAAGGUAUUUUAAUUUUCUCGACGUUUCGCUUGCUUGUCUUGAAUGUAAAAUUGCACAAUGUUUAUCUUUCGCAGGUUUCCGAGGAGAGCCCCCCUGCCUCACCAUCUUCAUCAGAGGAGGGCGACACUUCGUCUACCAAAGGCAAACAACAACAGAAACGAAACAAGGCCAUCUACAAGAUCUCCAUUUCUCCAAAUAAAAGCCUACAAGCCGUGCCACAAAAUGAUAAAUUAAGCCUAAAGGUGAUGAAAGUCACCAGAAAUGAGCAAGGACGCUUAACUGUGACGGGUCAUAGGGAGGGGUCACCUUCCUUAGACGAAGACAAUUCUUCUCAUGAAGGCAACGAUUCUUGGAGAAUACACGAACGCGGUCAAAGCUUGUGCCAGUCAGUAGUUACCUCAGCAAGCACACGUGAUAAUCACGUGUUUGCCACCUGCGCGCAGAAUUUCUUUAACCAGCAGUCUCCUAGAGACGUAUCCAUACUUUCUGCCGUUCCUAUGGUAACGAAUCCACCAGUGUCGGCUUUAUCAUGUCCGGUUCAGAAUACGGUCAGCACUACAACUGUAACUACGGCAUCAAAUUCUCAGUUUUCUCAACAAAAUCAUGCGUCAAACGCUAUUUCAAUUAAUCCGCUCUCUCGAGAGACGUCUCCUAACUCUGGAAUUCAGUGGAAUUCAGUCUUUGUUCACCCACGUGUGACGGACUUAAGUAGCAGUCCGUCUAGCGACUAUGGCAGUUAUAUGUCUGAUGCCGGCACCCGGCUUAGCUUCUCAGGAUCCGACUCUUUGAGCGGUGGACUAAGUGCUCAGAGUUUCCCCGACUCCGACCAAGCUAUGUUUGACGGCCCGUUUCGCUUACCUCUUCCGGUAACCCGAGAUUGUCCGCUAAAUUUCACUGAUUCAGCAAAAAGUGACCAGGGGUUGUCGCAAGGGAUGUGUUGGCUGGCUGAUUGCAGCCCCGGGGCAUCCCAGUCUAGUGGCAACGAUGUGCCAGUUGAUACGACGGACUUUUCACCUCUUGAGUUGCUCGGUUUUGAUGACAUGUUCGAUUGUAAUCUGAGUAACGUGAUACCGGAGUGCCUUAACUCACCGCCGAAACAAAGCGAAAACGUUCCUGCAACGUCCGUCGGCGAAAAUCUCCAUCCUACUUAUUCCACAGCUUCAAAUACAUCAACGCAAUCGUCAUCACUCACGCUGAAUUCGUUCUCUGCAGACAGUUUAGUCAGUCAACCACCAGGGACUUUCCACGUCACCACUUCCGGUUUGUCAUCGACAACUUCGUACGUGUUCGUGAAACCUGUCAGUCCGGUAAGAAACACCGUUGUGACGUCAUGUUUUGUCAGCGUUUCAAAUAACACGUCUUCGUCAUCAUCCGGGGUAUCGGUUUGUAGGGCUAGCACCCAGUCUCUUGCUGGAGGCCAGCGGGAGGGCAGUGAAGUUACUGUGCCCGACAUAUGUAUGACUCCGGUGGUUUCACAGCCUACAUCAAACCAAGUUGCUCAUGGCUCAUCUGCCAAGCCAAACUCAAACCAUCAGUCCUUAUCAAGUGACAUAAACAACAACACUUCACGGCCGAUUGAUGCUGGAGAAACCACGACUUUCACCUCCUCUCCGCAUCCACGAAAUCAUGUCGUACCAGGCUCUGCGCGCAUUACGGAUUUUUCACCCGAGUGGUGUUAUCCCGAGGGCGGAGCUAAAGUGCUCAUUACUGGUGAAUGGAGGACCGAGCAGGGCGUCUACACGUGUUUAUUUGACGGUUGUAGCGUGCCUGCGAUCUUGUACCAAGCAGGCGUUUUGAGAUGCUUUUGUCCGUCACAUGACCCAGGCCUGGUCACCCUUCAGGUGGCUUGUAAUGGAUUUAUCGUUAGCAACGCCUGCGUGUUUGAAUACCGUGCACGUGAUUCGCCGGCGGGCAGCUCCGGCUGUCACGAGUGGCUUACCACUGAUAACGACCGGUUUAAACUUGCUUUACUGGAUCGCUUGGAGAGACUGGAGUCUAGACUCAAUGCAAGCCAGACAAACAAUUCCGAGAAUCAAUCUCAAGGAAAUCAGUGCAUGACAUUCGAAGAUCGCCUCAUCGCUGCUUGCGAGAUUUUUCAUCGCUCCAAUUGUCCCAUUAGAAAUCUAACAAAGAUCGAGAAGCCAUUUCGAGGCAUGACACUGCUUCAUUUAUCCGCUGCCCUUGGUUAUAACAGACUCGUUUGUACCCUGCUCAAGUUUUGGCGUGAAAGCCAAAGCGCGCUAGUAAGAGACGAAUUAAACCCUCUCAGAAAGGACGAGUUUGCGUGUACGCCUCUAACAUGGGCAUGCGCAUUGGGAUGGACAGACGCGGCACUCAUGUUGUUAGAGACAGAGCCCAAAGCGUUACUAGAGCCCGAUGCUCGCGGGCGUAUGCCACUGCAGCUGGCAAGAGAUCGAGGUUUCCUGGAUGUAGUGGACAUUAUUGAGGAUUCUGUCACAUCUUUUCCAAACAGGUGGGUUUAUUAGAAAAAAAAACCUCAACCAAGUAUACGAGUGAGAGUAUCACAAAGUUAGCUAUCACAAACAACAACAGUAGUUUAUUCAAUAUAAAAAUAUUUUACAGUUAUGGUACCCACGAUUAGCGAAGCUAUUCUCAGUGGGAAACAAUACAGUAAUAGUCUCCUAUAAAUAAAUACAAAGUGCAAAAGCCGGGGAAAAAGAAAGUGAACUCGGAGAAAGCAUAAAAAUGUAGCACAAAUAGAAAGAAUAGUAGUAAAUGGUAAAACUAAAACUAAGUACGAUGGUAAAAGAAAACUAUGGAUAGAAGGAAAGAAAACACAUUAACUGAAUACGGAGUUCAGGUAGGAACUGGUAAUAGCACUCAUAUCAACAUACACCUUCUCAGAAUCAAAAACCUUGAGCAGUAACUUAUGUAAUUUACGCUUGAAAGGGUCUUUUCCCUUGUUCGCGUGACUUAAGAGGAAUUUUGUUCCAAAUUCUUCCACCGCUUCUAGAAAAAGAUAACAAUGGUUGAUUGAGUCUAUAUCUACGGACAUGAGAAUUACAUGUAGUUGACUUAAAGUGCGUAUAGUCAAGGGAAUUUUUAGAGAUAUCGUGAAGCUCAUAGAACGAGUUGUUUAAUUAGCUUUUGUUUUCGUCCAAGUUGGUAGUGAAACUUGGCUUCGUAUGCACUUUAAAUUACUGUUGUUAAUAUUUCGUGCGUUCAUUUUAUUUCUCUAUAGGCACAUUUUUCUCGGUGUGGGCCAUGAUUCAGACGUCACCUCAUCACCAAUGGCCUCAUCUUGCGAGAGCUCUCCUCAACCUUCUGCCUUGGCCCCUCAAUCUCGUGUCCUUUUGGCACCUCCUGUGGACACCACCAUGGAGGAGCGAGCGGGCUCACCGAUGUUUGUUGAUGAAGAUGAGAUGGAACCACAGUUUUCGAAAAAGCCAGGGAACACUUUGGCUAAAACUUUAGUACAUAUUCACUCCAUGAUCAGCGAAGCCGAACAAGAAGCCGAACUCGGUCAUCGUAUACCAGGGCAUUUAUCACCACUUCACGAAAAUACCGAACUUGUUACUGGUUCUUGGAGCUCCGCUAUGAGACUGCGCACCUUCAGUUCGGCUUCCUCCCAGUCCUCCCCUCUGACGCCUUGCUCUUCCAAAUCUUCACUCUCUCCAGGCUCUCCCGGCUUUCUAAACUCGCCCCAUUCUUCACCCGUCGGACCGGACACAACAGAAUUCCAGGAGUUUAUUUACAGUUCUCGUAAACUUCUGGAAAGAGAUUUGUCUGAUCUCACGCUAACAGAUCGUGAGCAAUGGGAACUAUAUGAAGCUGCAAAGAUAAUUCAAAGUGCUUACAGGAACUACAAGGUAAACUCAGUUUACCCCAUCUGCCCCCCCCCCUCCCUCCCACUCAUCACCACAACCCCUUCGCUGGCUGAUGUUUUUGCCUUUUUGCCACUGCGGAGCCUGGUCCCAGGCUAAAGUGUCACUCCAAAGCAUGAGGGAAUGAGGGUCGGGAGGUUUAGGACUAGGUAUCUCUAGCAACACCUCCUUCCCCACCCCCUCGCGCACCGUAACAACUACAACAAAUGUUUUACUGGCCUCUCUUUUUGUAAAUUCUUGUUCUUUGUAGACAAGACGUCAUCAACAGGAACAAGAAAUAGAGGCGGCUAUCUUGAUUCAACAUCAUUAUCGAAGAUAUAAAGAGGUAAUCGUCCUUCUAAAGCUCUGUUCACCCUUUACUUUCCCAAACCUGAACAACUUUGAAUUGCACGGCUAUUGCCUGGAUAUAGUAGAGAGCUUUACACUCUGAGACGAGGAUGACUACGAGUACGAGAUUUUCUCAGUAUUAAGUAGUGCACGCGCGUGAACCAACGUCAUUUUGGCGGGAAAACGUGAGAGCUGUCGUUAUUAACGUUGCGGGAAGCUAUGGGUAUGCAAAACCAUAGGUUACCUCUGACCUAAAAGAAAACGUGUACAUAGUAUACUCAGGAACCCACUUCUUGUCCCGACCCUACACUGUGGCACCCAUAUCUUGCCUCAAUUCUCGAGUGGGUACUUGAAGAAACGGUGUGUUCACAUUAUUGCAAAGGUUAUGCUCUACUCGGGCACCGUGCCCUGGCAGCAAGCGUGAACCCUACCUAAGUAGUACAUGUUUUUUGUUUUUCCUAGUACAUCGCGUUUAAAAAGAUGACACGCGCAGCCCUAAUCAUCCAAAACCAAUAUCGCACUCACCGUGAGCACGAGAGGUUCAAGAAAAGCAGACGAGCGGCAGCCAUCAUUCAAAAUACAUUCAGAAGUUACCGGGAACGACGUCGGUCCACGCAGAGGCGGAGAGAACAGAGACUCAGCAAGCGACAGGAGGCGCGAUACAUACAAAAGGCAUCCAACAGGUAUUUAUACCGCGUUGAAUUUCAAGGA